UGUGUGUAGUCAAAGCUGCUGCUGCUGCUGCUGCUGCUGCUGAGGUUUCCUGUCAAUAGUUGAAUGGCUGUAGCCUCUCAGCUCUCCCUUGACCUACACUCCUCCAAUGGCGGGAGGAAAGAGCCAGACCUUAACUCGCCAUCUUUUCCUUCUCCUGUUAAUCCUAACGGAGAGAGCAGCAGCGCUGUCUCUACUCCACCUCAGCUAAGGACACUCUCAGUCUCAUCUUCAGGUAGCUCAGGACCCAGCCUUACUUCAGAGGAAUUCAAACUGCUGCAUUCAAGAGAGGGUCUUUCAUUAGACCUGGGGUCAGAGGCGGGUAAUGUUGCUGAUAUAUUUGGAUCAUUAUCUCUUGAUACUGAUGGACUGAUCUUUGACGAGACAAACGUCAGGCAGAAAAAUCAAUCAGAUGUCCCUGCUGUCAGUAGUACCUUUUGGUCAUGUGACCCGAGUGUGGGUGUUACCAUACAGCUAGGUACUGAAGGAGCAGCUGCUGAGAAGCCCAUCACUAUAAUAGACAUGUUCCAUCGUACAGUCACUGAGAAUGGAGGGAGCGUUGCCUUAGCUUACAAGAGAGCAGGACAAUGGAAGGAGAUUAACUACACCCAAUACUAUGAGAUGAGUCUUACCAUUGCUAAAGCAUUUAUUAAACUUGGUCUUGAACCUUAUCAUGGUGUCUGUAUCUUAGGUUCCAACUCUCCAGAGUGGCACAUUGCUAACAUGGCUACUAUCAUGUCAGGUGGGUUACCAGUUGGAUUAUACCUAACCAAUACUCCUGAGGCGUGUUGCUUCAUAGCUGACAGCUGCAAGGCUAAUAUCAUUGUACUGGAGAAUGACGCUCACUUGCAAAAAAUACUACAAAUACGCCCCAGGUUGACCCACCUAAAGGCUAUAGUCUACUAUGGUAAGAUUUGCUCACCAAAAGAGGAAGGAAUGUACGAGUGGAAAGACCUAAAGAAGAUGGCAGCCGGAGAAGAAAGGAUAGGAGUUGAGAGAAGGUUUGGACUAUUAGCACCUGAGAAAUGUGCCUCAUUGAUUUAUACUUCUGGUACCACUGGUUGUGCUAAAGGAGUGAUGCUCUCUCAUGAUAAUAUCACCUGGAUGUGCUCCAGGAUACUCAAAGAGACUAAAGCCAAGAGAGGAGAGGAAAGGGUCAUCAGUUACCUUCCUCUCAGUCAUGUUGCUACUCAGCUCCUCGAUAUCUACUUCCCUCUGGCCAUUGGUGCCUCAGUCUGGUUUGCACAACCUGACGCACUCAAGGGUUCUCUCCUCCAAACUUUGCGUGAAGUUCAUCCAACGAUAUUUCUCGGAGUACCCAGGGUUUGGGAGAAGAUAUCGGAGAGUAUGCAGCUGGUGGCUAGGAACACAACCGGACUGAAGGCCAAGAUAUCACAAUGGGCCAAAGGGGUGGGGCUUAAGGGGAACCUCCAAAAACAACUCGGGGGUUCCGGUACACCUUUUGGCUGGUCCCUUGCGAAUCUAAUAUUUUUCAAAAAGGUUCGUAGAGGGCUGGGUCUGGACCAGUGUCAUUUCCCUAUGACUGGAUCAGCUCCAAUCUCCCAAGAUACCCUCUCCUACUUCAUGAGUGUCAAUAUCCCUCUUCAUGAGUUAUACGGGAUGAGUGAGACCACGGGCCCAACCACUGUCACCACUCAGGAUGAUAUCAGGUUCCAAUCUAGUGGGCGGAGCUUGGACGGGGUCCGGCUACGUAUUAAUAAUCCUGAUGAUGCUGGAAAUGGAGAAGUGCUAAUUCAAGGGCGUCAUUUGUUCAUGGGUUACAUUGGAGAGCCAAAGGCGACCAGUGACACACUGACAGAGGACGGCUGGUUGAAGUCCGGAGACAUUGGAUACAUUAAUCAUGAAGGAUUUCUUUACAUUACUGGCAGAGCUAAAGAGUUGCUGGUGUUAGCAACUGGUGAGAACAUUGCCCCAGUUCCAAUUGAGUCUGCACUGAAGGAGCAGCUGCCAAUAGUCAGUAAUGCAGUGAUAGUGGGGGACCAGAAGAGCUACAUAUCCUGUCUCAUCACACUAAAAGUUGAGUUUGAUGAUGUGACUGGCUAUGCUACUGAUCGGCUCAACCCCACUGCCCUGGCUAUAUGCCAGUCUUGUGGCAGCCAGUCAAAGACUGUGAGGGAUAUACUGGAUGAACCCAGCGACCACAGAGUACUCAAGAUGAUACAAAACGGAAUUGAUAGAGUUAAUAGAGGAGCUGCUUGUAAGAAGCAUAAGAUUGUCAAGUGGUCAAUUUUGGAUCGUGACUUCUCAAUUCAGUCUGGAGAACUAACUCACACCAUGAAGCUAAAGAGAAGAUUCAUCACCAUUAAAUACAGUGACAUUAUUGAGUCCUUCUAUUAGUUCAAGGGUAUACUGUGUAGAUGGGAUUAUUACUGUAUAAUAGUUUAUAUGAAUAAUAUAUAGUUUAUUAUGUUUGGAUCUAUAUUGAUUAUUAUUAGUAUAUUAUAUGAUGGAUGGAUGUGAUCAGCUAGUUUUUUAUCAAAAUCAUCAAAAAAUGCAACAAAAUGAUUAAUCGAUAACAUGAGCCCGUGAUUAAAUAAACCAUUGUUCGUUGUGGUUAUAUAAUGGUGGUAGUCAACAGUUUGUUAGUCUUUGCCAGUUGCUAUGAGGUAAUAGAUUACAAAAAUAGCAGCUGUGGUCUGGAAUACAUUGUGUCCAGCUGCAAUCAGAUAGAGUACAAAAGGUUUCCGACUGUAGACGAAAUGAGGGAAUAUAACACAGGAAAGAAUGAUGGAGAUAAUAACACUACAGGCAGCUGGAAAGAAUACACCCUCCCCUGUAGACUGGGCCAGUAAGGGAUAGAGUGUAUUAAUGACAUAUGUUAGUACUAUAUUCUGUAUUAUUGUUACUAUCAUUGUCAUGUAGAGUGGAAAGUUCCCUGCUUCUUUGAAUAACUUUGUAUCACCGAAUCUGAUACCUGGGAAGGUGUUCCUCCACCAGGUUCUACCGAAGAGGAGCUCAGAGUGCCACAGGAACCCCACCAUCAUGCUGGCUAGAGUGGAGACAAAGGUUUGAAGAAGAAAUGUAAGUCCUUCCAUUUUGAUCUCAAGGAAA